AAUGUAGGUACAUCCGUUCGGUAAGAAUGAAGCAGACUUGUUUAGAAGGUUGUUUGUCGAUGCGCGUUGAUGGUGUCGGUUGGUGUUCGUUAGUUGUGUUUUAGUUUGCCUCUUUGUUUUUUUAUAUUUAUUUCGUCUAUUUUGCAUUAUUUUAAAUGUAUUCGUGGUGAUUCAAUAUUUAUUUUUAAUCUCGUGUAAUUUCUUCGUUCCAUCUACUUAUGAUCAUGCCAGCCGAAGAAGAAAAUUCGUUAGAACAAUCGUUAAUUCAGAGUACUUACGUGAACAAGGAAUGGCUAUUCGAGGAGUUGCUUUUGGAUAAGACUCGAAUCGUGGUUUUGGACUGCAGAAGUUCCAACGAAUAUGGUGAAUCGCAUAUUCGGCACGCUGUUAAUUUCAGUAUACCGAGCAUUAUGUUGAGACGUCUGGCAGCCGGGAAGAUUGAUCUUCUGUCAACAAUACGUUCGAGAGAAUUAAAAGAAAAGAUUAUGAACGCGUAUAAGGAUAAUAUAUUUGUGGUGUAUGGAGAUAUGAUCAACGAUCAAAGAAAUUCAGCCAGCGAUACCAUACACGUUUUGAUGAGAAGAUUACUGAAGGAUGGUUGUCGCGCUGUUUGUUUACGAGAUGGUUUCAACGAAUUUCAUCGCGCGUAUCCGGAAUGGUGCGAAUCGUGUAGCGAAUUAUUGGAGAGCCCCGGAGCCGGAGCGGAUUUAGCUACGAGCGAUCCAAAUGUGACUGUGCCAUUGAUGGGUUUGCAAUCGUUGCGAAUUAGCAGUUCGGCGGUUACGUUUGCGAGGCAGAAAACACCAGCGUUACCUUCAAGUAGUACAGAAGAUAGUAGUUCCGAUUCCGAGCAUUUGGAUACAGCAGCGUCUUUGGGUUUCGACGACGAUAGAGAUUUCCCCAUCGAGAUCGUACCGUAUUUGUAUUUAGGGAAUGCGGCCAAUUCCGAGGAUUUAGAGGCUUUGAGCCGACACGGAAUCAAAUACAUUCUAAAUGUAACUCCAGAUUUACCGAAUAAAUUCGAAAAAACUAGUAGUAUGAAAUACAUGCAAAUUCCAAUAGCGGAUCACUGGAGUCAAAAUCUAGCGAGUUUCUUCCCUAAGGCCAUACAAUUUAUAGACGAAGGAAGAUCGCAAAAAAUCGGAGUCCUAGUGCACUGUCUAGCCGGAGUAUCUCGUUCAGUGACCAUAACUGUUGCGUAUCUGAUGUCACACAUGUCUCUCAGUCUAAACGACGCGUUCAGUUUAGUACGAUCGCGAAAAUCGAACGUCGGUCCGAAUUUUUAUUUCAUGGAACAACUCCACGCUUAUGAACGCGAACUGACAAAUUCAUCGUCGUCCAAACGCAGCGGUCAAUCUUCAAUCGACAGCGGCGACGGAGGAGGCGACGAAUCCGGCCUUUCUUCAGCAUCCUCAUCGGCUGAUCGAAAAUGCGACCAAUGCGGUACACCGAGGACGAGCACAGCUUGCAGUAGGUGUCAAGUAGCUGCGCAUUUUCUCAGUCCUUUGACAGUUUUUGGACAAAGUCCAGAUAGUGGUAUCGAAUUCGACAGAUGGACUCCGGGUACCGGUGAAUGAGAUUUAGCGCAGGGGAUCGAACAGGCCCCUGCUACUCAUACUCAUUUCCCUUCCUUUAACUGAGAUUAGCUCGUAAUAUUGUUUUCCUUUUACCAGUUUUGUCGAAAAUUUUCGUUAAAAAUCGAAGUAUUCUAAAUAUUUGUACCAACCGGUGAAGGCAGAGGCGGCGUUCACGUUAAGAACACCUUUGUUGUCGAACAACGAGUAUUUUACAUUAGUUUUUUUGAUCAGGAAGGUUUUUUUGUGUGUUUUCUCUCUUUUUUAUUUUUGUUUGUUUUUUCUGAGUGCAGUUUUUCUUUAUUUUUCUAUGUUACGUAUGUUUUCCGCGACUUUGAUACGGAUAUUGGUAUCUUUAAAAAAAUACCAUAACGUGGUUUUUAUUUUUGUUUUUCAAUAUUGCAAUAUGUAAUCUACCUAUUAUAAUUAUGAAAUUUCUGACUCGACGUAGGAUGAUUUCUGAUGAAAAAUUUACGCUCUUCGGUUUGUUUCUUAUUAUACGAGUAUUAUACUCAUAAGAUGCGUAUGUAGUCCGGUACCUAAAAUUAUAUUCGCUUAUUCAAACAAAACAAAAAUGUUGAAUUGACUUUAACCGAAAUUUAAUUAACAUCGGUUUCCUAUUAUUAAACUAUCGCGUUUGAAAAAUUACAAACAUUAUAAUUCAAAAUACCAGUACGAGUAUUUUUUCUGGUCUUUUGUAAUGUAAUAUCUAAUAAAAAAAGCAUUAUUAGAAAAUAAAAUACGAAACAAAAAAUCGCGAUUAAUUAAAGCAACUGCGGCUAAGCAAAUUUACACAGUGAUGUUGAUUUGUGACGAUGAAUUACAACAAAACGUAAGGAAAGACUUCAUUUUGUGCACCAAGACUGAGAUUUACAAAUUUUAUUUUAAAACCGAAAAUAUUUUUUGUAUAUAAAACUUGAUAUUAUUUAAGGCCCAGUGUUACCUUUACAUGCAACACGUAAAAUCCGAAUAUAGCGUUAAAAAUACAUACGUAUAAGAUCUCGACAAGGCCAUCAGUAGCAAUAAAGAUAUGUAUUUUCGAUUUAGAUAUGUUCGCUUUUAGAGAAAUUUCAUGUCGCAUUAAGUAAAUUAUUUAUACGAGUCGAUGAAUUCGAGCAAUUCAUCUUAUGUAUUUUGUUUUGUUCCCUUAUUAUUUUUUGUUCAUUGUGUGUGUGUUUUUUUGUUCUAUUCAUUUAUUUAUUAGAUGUGUUUAUUUUUGUUUGUUUGUUUUUUUUUUCGAAGAAAAAAAUGCCAUAUAAGUAUUCGUUAUUUUGGAUUAAGUUCCUUCACUGUUUUAUUCCGUACUGAAAAAUCGCAAAAUUGGUAUUCACAUUCCUGUGCUUCUAAUUUUUUCUCUUUUUUUUCAUUUUUCCAAAGUUCCUCGGCAUAUUCAUCAAUUCUGUAAAUGAUUUUUCUUUCAUGAUUCUUACGCGUUACGUUUAUAUAAUUAAUUUCUUACUCUUUAAGUAUUUUAUUAUUGCGUGCCGUAAAAAUAUUAUGUUGUUACGAAUAAAAAACAAUGUUGUAAUUUUGUGUAUAUGUUUUGUACUUUUGUUACAUAUCUUCCUUUUUUUCUUUCUUUUUUUUUUUUUAGUUACCAAAUGAAACUUUACAUUAUUGAAAUCUAAUUUCUCGCGAAACAUUCGGAGUUGAUUGUAAACUAAUUUUUAUGUAUGCUUUUUUUUCAUUAAAAAUUACUUGUUCGGAGAAGACGUCGAAAUAUUAUAUUCGUGUUUGCUUCUACAUUACUGUGUAAAAUUUUAUCGCAAAAGUUUUUCUCCUUUCUCAUAUGAACUACCGUGUUUAUUGUUUAAUUCAAAUUUCAUUUUAUUAGUGUAUUUAUGUUCUUUUUUUCUAUUUUCUUAAUACAAUAAUUUCUUGCCAUUUAAA